AUGAACCGCGGACCCGUUGUUCUCACCAUUGACGAAGCCGAAUGGCUGCUUGACCAAAUUCCUCCGCCUGACAAAGAUGAAGACAUGUUGGUCAAGAAGUUAAGAAGCAAAUUAAGUGAAUUGCUUACGGAAUUGCGAAAGGGUGCUGAAGGCACUGGCAAAUGA